UUCUAUCACUGAUGAUGUGCAGCACAUUUUGAGCCUGGCUACGGCGCAGGGCAUGAUGCACAUUCCAAUUGAUAAGCUGCCUAAUGAAAGGAAAACCCAUAACAACGAUAUAAUGUGCAAUCAAAACGCUUUUCAGCUAAUGGGAAACACAGCAGCCAGCUCAAUCAAAUAAUUGCGACAAGAAUAUACACUUGAAAAAAGAAAAACCAACGAAUAAUAACAAUAAUAAUACAAAACAAAAACAAAAAGAAACAUUACGAAACAGUAACAAAAAGCGAGUGUAAGAAAGACGCAACUGAAGUCAAGUUGCUCUUUUCUUCUAUAUUUUAUUUUGACUCCUUCACUGUGACGCUGACGCGGAAAAAGCCGUCAAAAUUACGACGUAUCACCCACCCACGCCCAAAGUCAAACAGAACCCGGCCAACAUGGACAACACGUCCGGGCCGGGUGCAUUUGACGAUGAGCCGCCGCCAGAGCCCCGAGAUGGUUGGCUUCUGGUGCGCAUUCAUGUGCCCGAGCUGAAUGUCUACAAGUGUCUCCAGUUCCCAUCGGAGCGUCUCGUCUGGGAUGUGAAACAGCAGGUGCUCGCCUCACUGCCAAAGGAGCUCAAGGAGAGCUUCAACUAUGGCCUCUUUGCACCGCCCUCGAAUGGCAAGGCGGGCAAAUUUCUGGACGAGGAACGGCGCCUGGGCGACUAUCCAUUCAAUGGACCCGUUGGCUAUCUGGAGCUCAAGUACAAGCGGCGUGUGUAUAAAAUGCUCACGCUGGACGAGCGUCAAUUGAAGGCUCUGCACACACGGGCCAAUCUGCGUCGCUUCCUCGACUGCAUCAAUGGGGGGCAUGUAGAGAAGAUCGCCAAGAUGUGCGCCAAAGGACUGGAUCCUAAUUUUCAUUGCUCGGACAGCGGCGAGACACCGCUGUCGGUGGCCACCGGCGGCAAGAAACCCAACAAGCUGCUCAUUGCAUUGGUCAAUGGCGGUGCUCUGCUGGACUAUCGCACCAAGGAUGGCACCACAGCGCUCCACCGAGCCGUCGAGCACGAUUCGCUCGAGGCGGUCAGUACACUGCUGGAACUUGGCGCCUCGCCCAAUUAUCGCGAUGGGCGUGGCAUUACGCCCCUAUACAUUUCGAUAACACGCAAGUGCGAGGCGAAGAUAACGGAGAGUCUGCUGCACGAUCAUGCCACGUUGGGCAUACAGGACAGCCAGGGCUGGAAUGAAGUGCAUCAGGCGUGUCGUCACGGCCUGGUGCAGCACUUGGAACACUUGUUGUUCUACGGUGCUGACAUGGAUGGACGCAAUGCGUCCGGUAACAGCCCGUUGCAUGUUUGUGCUGUUAACAACCAAGAGGCUUGUGCUAGAAUGCUUCUCUUUCGCGGCGCACAACGCGGUGCCCAGAACUUUGCCAACCAAACUCCCUAUCAGGUGGCUGUCAUCGCUGGGAACUUGGAACUGGCCGAAAUCAUUGAGAAUUACAAAUCCGAGGAAAUUGUGCCCUAUCGGGGACCACCGCGCUACAAUCCAAAACGGCGUUCCGGCAUCGGUUGGCUCUCGGCCAAUGGGGCAGCUGGCGCUGUGCUGCUUGCUGCGGCUACCGGUGGUUUGGGUGGUGCAGGUGCCGGUGCCGGUGGUGCCGUUGCUGGUGGUGCCGUAAAUGGAGGUGUCAAUCUGAUGGGCACACUUUCGCGCCAGCAGCUGCAACAGCAACAGCAGCAGCAGUUGCACCAUCAGAACCAUCAGAACCAGCAUCAGCAUUUGCAGUUAAUGCACCACCCACACCACCAGCACCACCACCAGCAGCCGCAUCUGCAGCAGCUGCAGCAGCUGCAUGGUCCGCCGUCACCAUGCCCCUCGGAGCAUAUGUUGGGCGCCUACAGCUCGGCGAGCUCGAGCCUCUCGGAGGGCUCGUCGGGACAUCGUUCGCACGAGGACGACAUCAGCAUUGUCACAGAUAAAUCGCUGGGCGACACCAGCGACAUAAUUAGCGACUCUUCGGGCGUGGGAACCAAUUCGGAUUCGGCUGCCUGCUCGAUUGGGCAUCCGAGCACCACAGUGGUGUGCAUGGAACCCUAUGCGGGCAACACAGUGGGUCACAUCCGGCUGCAGCCGGGCGAUGUCAUCGAAGUCGUUGGCAGCACCGAUUGCGGCCUCCUCGAGGGCUAUGUCCGUGGCACGAAUCAGUCGGGCUUCUUCCCCGCCGACUGUGUCCAGGAGGUGAAUCUGCGACAGAAACACAUCACCAAUGUGAUGACGGCAAGCACAGGCAUGGUGGCACCACCAGCACCGCAGCAGCAGCAGAUGGUGGCACCACCAUCACUGCAGCCGCAGCAAUCCUCCUACCAGGGCUCCCCCCAGCUCAGCCUGGGCGGCCACUCGGGCAGCUCAAGCACACUGCUCCAGCAGCCGCAUCAGUCGCCCUCGCUCUCCAUGACCAGCAAUGGCUCCUGUCAACAGCUGCCACAGCAGCAGCUGCAACAGCAUCAGCCGGAGAACAAUGGCGGCCACACAAUUGGACAAUACAGCAGCGCAACAGCGCCACGCAUCAAGAAGGGUGCCUACAACGCUCCGCGUUCGGUGGUGUUGCAUCGAGCCAAGCGCGGAUUUGGAUUCAUUUUGCGCGGUGCCAAGGCCAGUUCGCAGCUGAUGCAACUGCGUCCCUCCGAGCGCUUCCCGGCACUCCAGUACUUGGACGAUGUGGAUCCUGGGGGUGUUGCCGACAUGGCCGGCUUGCGUCCCGGUGACUUCCUGCUGACCAUCAACGGGGAGGAUGUGAGCGCCGCUUCGCACGAGCAGGUAGUCGAAAUGAUACGCUCCGCGGGCGCACUGGUCAACAUGACUGUCGUCUCACCCCAGUUUCCGCUCCAAAUGCAGGCGAGUGCACAGUACUUGCCCAGUGGUGGUGCACGCAGUGCCGGUGGCAGUCAGCAUUUGUCGAGUGGACCGAGCACACCGCAAAGCGCCCACCGCCAAUGCGCCACGUUGCCGCGCAAGAUGUCGAUGAUGGGGCCGGGCAGCCAUGCCAGUGGCAGCUCCGUCUCUGGUGGAGCUGGUGGUGGCGGCGGCAGCGUGCGCAUGGCACCGAUGCCACCGCGACGUGAUCCGAAGACCACGUUGAGUGUGGGUCGUGCCAGAGCCAAGUCAAUGGUCGCCGGCCUGGAGAAUGGCGGCGAAAAGGAGCAGGAUGAGCAGGUGCCACAUACCAAAUCCAAUUCGGUGGAGUCGAUUGCGACGCCAACUCCCACACAUCCGGGCACACCUGUCCAGCUGCGCACGGCCAGCAUUAAGGCGCGACCCACUUCGAGCCGGAUCACAGCUGCCGAGCUGGAGGAGCUGUUCCAGCGACAGCAAGGCGAGGGCAGUGCCUCGAGUGCGUCCAGUCGCUACGCCACCAUGAUGACCAGCUCCCGUUUCCAGUCGGGCACGGAUAGUGGUGCGGCCACGCCCCCCGCCGCCAAUGGUUCGCCCAUGCGAACAGCAGCGGGUCCGUUAGUCUAUGGCAGCGUCGCCGAGAUGAAGCGUAAGACGGCCAGGAGCAAGCAUGGCAGUGGCACGCUACGUGGUAAGCCCGUUGCCACGCCCACAGUGGGCAAUGGUACAACAGUUGGUCGCGACUUGAAGCGCUUCCACUCGACACCCGAUCUGCAUGGACCGCAGCUGCAUGGCUCGGCCUCGUCGAUUUGGCAGGCGGUGGGCAAGGGGCAUCACUCGCAGGACGAUGUGGCCACGUUGCAUGCCUCGCUGCAGCGCCUCAACACAACCGGCAACAACAACAACAAGGAGGAGAGCAAACUGGCUGCCGCAGCGGCUGCAGCUGCUGCAAUACUUCCACCACCCAAUCAUCCUCCGCCGCCGCCGCCCGUUGGCCAGGUGGUCAAGGUGGAGACGCGCAGCAACGUCUCCGAAUACGAGAGCACAAUAUCCUUGCAACAGAAACUGAAGAAGCGCACGGAGAACGAUGCAGUCACCUCGGCGGCCAUCGAUGGCGUCCAGAGUAGCUUCAAUCCGGCGGCCAAUGCCAAGAUCUAUGCCUCGCCGCAGGAGCUGCGCAAUGUGAUGGCCUGGAAGUUGCGACAGGCGCAGGACACAAAGGACAACCAGCAACAGCAACAGUUGCAGCAACAGCAACAACAGCAGCAGCAACAACAGCAACACCAACCACAACAACAACAUGUCAGUCAAUAUGCGGCGCCAACCCAAUUGCGUGCCCAAUCCUCUGCUGGCAACGCAAUUGCCUCGCAUUAUGCGGCACCACAGCUGCAAUUGCAAUUGCAACUGCAACAACAGCAACAACAGCAGCAGCAGCAGCAGCAGCAGUCAACAGCUGCACCUCAAUCGCCACCAGCACCGCCACCACCGCCAGCAGCAGCACAGCAGCAGCAACAGGCGAAUGGCAAUACUAAUGCAGCAGCAACAGUUGCUGGUGCUGCUGGUGGUUGCUCUGCACCGCCCAUACCCGAACCAGAUUACAGCUGCAGCGAAUCGGAUGGCGAGGAUGAGAACUCCAUACUCGUUGCACGCAACACGAAGCUCAACGAGAAAAUUGCACUGUUCGAUGUGCCGGAAACCAGUGGCAACAGCCAGGCCAGUGGCAGCAGUUCUGCUUCUGGUUCUGGUUCGGGUGCUUCGAUUUCGCAUUCGUUGUCCGUGGAUGAAAUACAGCGCAUCCGCAGCAAUCUGAAGACCUCCAAGUCCUCGCCCAAUGGCUUCCUCAAAAAAGAAGACGAACAGCAACAGCAGCAGCAGCAGAAACAGUUGCUACCAGCAGCAGCACACGCUGGCCAUGGUGAGGAUGAGUGCGACAACAGCAGCUCGGGCGUUAGCAGCGAUCAGGAAUUGUUGUUAGCCACCGGCGGAGGCGCCACAAAGCCCACAGACACAAUCAAGAAGAAGCCGAGCGUAACUAUUGUCGAGGAGCCCAAAACAAUACCCGACACACAGCCAACGGUCAAGAUAAUGGCCAAGACGACCAUUAGCAUUGGCGGCAGCAGCAACUCAACAACAACAACAACGCUGACUGUUAAGCAGCUGGUGCAGCAGCAACAUGCGCCUGUUAUACAGCAGCAACAGCAGCAACUAAUUAGCAGCAACAACAAGUUGCCAGCAACAACAAUAACAACAGCCACAGCAACAGCAACUGGUGUUUUAAAGUCCACACAAUCUGUGCCCAGUCCACAGGUACUCGGCCGCAUACCGAAUGUGCACCAUCAGCAGCAGCAGCAACAGUUGCAGCAGCUGCAUCAUCAAUCGAAUCCGAACAUUAAGUUGAUUGCCACACAGCAGCAGAUAUUGCAGCAGCAACAGCAACAGCUGGCCCAUCAGCAACACUUGCAGCAGAUACUGAAAGCGAAGGCAGCCGCCGCCGGUGGUGGCGCUAGCACCGCCGCUCUGGUGGCCAAGCAGCAGCAGCAACUGCACAAGGGUCACGACUCCCUCGAGCUCGAGCAGCGCUCCGAUCUCGAUGAUGACGACGAUGGCGAAUUGAGUCCAUCGCCGCCGGCGAAGGCAUUUCAGCGACACAAUUCGCUCACACGCAAACAGGCGGCAGCAAUUGCGAUGCAGCGUGGCGCCACACGCACCCCAGCCGUGUCUCUGGUGCAGUUGCCGCCGCCACUCGAGGCCGCCGACAGCGAUGGCGAACCACAGCAGCAGCAGCAGCAACAACAUAUGCAACACCUUCAGCAGCAAAAGCAGCAGCAGCAGCAACAGUUGGCCACGCAUAUUGUGGGCAUGUUGCCCAGCGGCCAAUUGGUGGCAGUGCCUUCGGCUGUUGCCGUUGCUGCUGCUGCUGCAGCUGCUGGUUCUGUUGCGCCGGGCAACAACAAUAUGCAGCAGCUGUGCACCGAGAAUCUUGUGCUGGCGCCGCCGCCACAAUUUUGUGAUUGCAACGAUGCCAAGCAUGCGCCGCAAUAUCAUCCACAGCAACAGCAACAACAACAACAGCAGCAGCAGCAGCAACAACAGCAGCAGCAACAGCAGCAGCAACAGCAGCAGCAGCAACAGCAGCAACAUCAGCGGCUGUCUGGUGGCGCUGGCGCUGGCGCAGUGGGCACCUUGGGGCGUGUGCGCAUUGUUGGCGCCAUGCCCAAGGCCAAUCAGCAUAGGCUGCACUAA